GAAGCUAUUUAUGGUCAGAGAGAUAAAAAGGUAAUUAGCAAUUAUAAAGCAGUCUAUGGGGGUUCUAAUAAUAAUACAACAAUGGGUGGAUUUCUGGGACUUGGCAAAAUGGUGGAUGGCUUAUAUCUAUCUUUUUCUUUCUUUUCAAAUAUACCUAAAUCUCUUGCUGAGCAAUUUCUGGACUAAGGGGUAGGAAACCUGGUUUGAGCUAACUCAUAUCAGGUUACUAAUAUAUCCAUUUCCCAAGACAGGAAAACCAGGUUAUAUAUAUGAGGCAAGUAGACUGAAAAACAGAGAAUGAACGACAGCCUGGAUUUUUUUUUUCAAAUUCAUAUCCUCAAGCAAGAGUCUUUGUUUCUUGUUGCUUCUUUCUGUAAUAAUGACACCCACAAAGAGAAAAAUAAAUGCUUUUUUCCUAGUUAAAAAUUUACAUUACUCAGUUAAGUAGCAGUGAAAACUGUCCUUGUUUUACUCAAUAGAUAAAGCAAGUUUACAAGGUGAGAAAAAUUUCUCCCCCAUUUGAAUGCUGUGAAAUAUAUUUUUAAAAGUGUCACAGAAGGAGGGAAGCUAGUUUGCAGGCUCACACAUUGGGCUUCCAUAUUUCUGGUGUCACAAAUAAAGUCACUUUUGAGUAAGAUGGCUGGUGUUGGUAGAAUGUUCUGAGAGGAUCUCACUAAUUUAGUUAAAAUCUAAGUAGGUCAUAUUCCACUACAUUGAAUAUCACGCCAUAAAAAAGCUUGUACAAUAGUUUUCCAAGGUGCAGGCACUAAUCCCUUUUAAAAAGUAACAGAAUUUGGUAAAACGCCAGUAAAGAGAAUUGGGAAUCCUUGGAAUCUUUGAAAUAGACUCACCUAGGUGAUGGGUUGCUAGGUGCAGCAAACCACUAUGGCACACGUUUACCUUUGUAACAAACCUGCACAUCCUGCACAUGUACCCCGGAACUAAAAAAUAAAAAUAAAUGCUCAAAUGGAAAUCUGUUUUAGUUAAGAAGGGCAUAAAACAAGUAAAGCUAUUACCAGAGAGUUUAUCAGUUUGGCAUGGUUAACAAAAGGCAAUACGUUCUUUUAGAAAUAUUUAGUUAAUCAAUUGAAAUUAAACCUAGUCGUGGACCUAGCUUUUCAAUUUAUUCCAUUGACUAGUCUUUGGAGUAUUUAUUACCUAUGAAUUAUUUUUGGCCUUUAAAAAUCAGUUCUCAAAAAUUAUGUGGAAACUUUCUUCUGUUUACAGAGUGUGUAUGUCAUUAGUGAUUUGUGUUGCAGAGCUUAGUUUUCCCCGUUAAAAAAUGCGUCUAUCGAUCUAGCAGCUUAUGCAGGUGUUCUCAAGCAUGGAUGGAUAUCAAAUCGCCAGUAGAACUUUUUAAACCUAUAGCUGCCCAAGCCCCACUUCUCAUCCCAAUCAGAAUCUCCAGGCACAGGGCCCCACAAUCUAUUUCCAUAAAUAUUUACCAUCCAGCCAGGCUUGAGAACCACUGGUUUAAUGACAGCAAACAAACUUUUUUUGAGGCUUUCAAAACAUUUUUCUUUGCUUAGACAUUUCUUUACUCCUGCUGUAGCCAGAACCAUUGCUGUGACAGGUUUAACAUGUUCCCAGAAACUCUGAAUUUUGUGCGAUGCCAUCUCUGAUAGGGACAAUGUGAUGAACAAUGUCUGAGAUUGCUAGGUGGGCUUCACUUCUGGGGAUGAGAAGCCAGAGAAGUUCAGGACACACUGACAAAGGUGAAGUUUUCUCUAAGCGACAGUUUGAUCACCUUGGUAGUGAGAGAGAAAUGCUGAAGCAGGGUUAUACCACCUGGUUUGAAGAGAUGAGAGAUGAAGGUUUUGGAGAAUUCAGCACUUAAGAAUCUUGAACCACGGCGGUACACUACUGGGUAAUAAGAGCUUGGCUACGCUGAACGACAAAGGUUCUAGCUGGCCAGUCCGAAAACACUGAGUCCUUAGGUCAAAUUUGAGAGAUGACAGGACCAGUGGGAGUCUUAACUUCUUGACUCUGGAAUUACUGACAGAAGAAUAUUUGGACAGUUUUUAAGAUCCCCAAGGCAUAUUAUUUUACAACCUCUUUAGCUUAUGCCUGGAUUUGUGCUGUGACCGUUAGCUUCCCGGAUGUUUUCUCCACAUGCUUCUUUCUAAACUAGCCUGUAUAGCCUACAACAGAUUGUUACGUUUUGAGAAGCAGGGACCACUUAUACCACUUCUCUGGCCAAGUGUCUGGCACCACGCCACUCAGACACACACGCCCAACCCUUUAGGAUUAACGUAGACACAGUGUUCUCUUUCAUGGCCAUUCCGUCUCCACUUCUGGUUCCACACUCCAGUCACCAAGUUGGCAUGAUUGCUGCUCCAUAGACCAAGGAUGGGUAAUGUGGGGAUUAAACACACCUUCUCUCAGCUGGUGCCCAAACUGUAAGCAUCACCGGGACACCCCAUGUAGCCACAGGAACGCUUCUCAUCAGUGGAAGAAGGACAAGAAAGGUCGUGCAAGUUUCAAAUUACGUGGAGCUGGGGCUACAGCCAUUACUUUCGGACAGGUGCAAUUCAAAGCGUGAUCCUCCGACCAAGAGCUUCGUCAUCGCCACCUGGGAGCUUAUUAGAAAUGCAGGAUCUCAGGUCCCCACAGACCUUCUGGAUCAGAAUCCGCAUUUUAACAAGAUAGUCAAGUGAUUCUUAUUUAUAUUAGAAUUUGAGAAGUCAAUUGAUCUGGUAAUUGAUCAACUGAGUGCCACGUAGUCCCCGAAAACAGAGACCCUUUGUGCCCGCCUCGCACCCGCUCUGCUAGGUAGCAACCGAACCCCCACAGACAUCGGAGCGGGCGCUGCCGAGGGCAAUUUGGUGAUUGGCUGGUCUCACCACGUGACCGGCGCUGAGCCUUCCGUGCGACUGGAUUGGCUGUCGCGGACGCUGACGGACAAGGCCGGGGCGGGCCAGAGCCCGGUCGGAGGGGCGCGCGCGGGGGCCCGAGGGGCGAAGGCGCGAGUGCGCGAGAGCGCGUGCGCGAGCGGUGGGGCUUUCUCCUGAGCCGUCGGAGGGAGCCGGAGCGCUUCUCCCGAGUUGGUGAUAGAUUGGUGGUCAUCCAACAUGCAGAAAUGAAUGAGCAGUGAAAAGCAGCAGAGCCGAUGGGUCAUGUGGAUGUAAGUGCGUUUGAAGGCUUCCACACCCUCUACUCCAGGUAGAGACGCGGUUUCACCAUGUUGGCCAGACUGGUCUCGAACUCCUGACCUCAAGCAAUCCACCUGCCUUGGCCUCCCAAAGUCCUGGGAUUACAGGCGUGAGCCACCGCGCCUGACCAUAGACAGAAUCAUGAAUAAACUGGAGGAUAAGCAGGACCAGAUGAUACCAUGAAGAGAAGUUUACAGGCCCUCUAUUGCCAACUGUUAAGUUUCCUGCUGAUCUUGGCACUGACUGAAGCGCUGGCAUUUGCCGUCCAGGAACCAUCUCCCAGGGAAUCUCUUCAGGUCCUCCCUUCAGGCACUCCCCCGGGAACCAUGGUGACAGCACCCCACAGCUCUACCAGACAUACUUCUGUGGUGAUGCUGACCCCCAAUCCCGAUGGACCCCCCUCACAGGCUGCAGCUCCCAUGGCAACACCGACACCCCGUGCAAAGGGGCACCCUCCUACGCACACCAUCUCCACCAUCACUGCGACAGUAACCGCCCCCCAUUCUGAAAGCUCCCUGUCCACAGGGUCCGCUCCAGCGGCCAUGGCAACCACAUCCUCCAAGCCAGAGGGCCACCCUCGAGGGCAGACUGCCCACACCAUCCUGCUGACGAAGCCACCGGGGGCCACCAGCCGCCCCACCACAGCGCCCCCCCGCACUACCACACGCAGGCCCCCAAGGCCCCCAGGCUCUUCCCGAAAAGGGGCUGGUAAUUCAUCACGCCCUGUCCCGCCUGCACCUGGUGGCCACUCCAGGAGUAAAGAAGGACAGCGAGGACGAAAUCCAAGCUCCACACCUCUGGGGCAGAAGCGGCCCCUGGGGAAAAUCUUUCAGAUCUACAAGGGCAACUUCACAGGGUCUGUGGAACCAGACCCCUCUACCCUCACCCCCAGGACCCCACUCUGGGGCUACUCCUCUUCACCACAGCCCCAGACAGUGGCUGCGACCACAGUGCCCAGCAAUACCUCAUGGGCACCCCCCACCACCUCCCUGGGGCCUGGAGAGGACAAGCCAGGCCUUCGCAGAGCAGCCCAGGGGGGUGGUUCUACCUUCACCAGCCAAGGAGGGACACCAGAUGCCACAGCAGCCUCAGGUGCCCCUGUUAGUCCACAACCUGCCCCAGUGCCUUCUCAGCGCCCCCACCGCGGUGACCCACAGGAUGGCCCCAGCCAUAGUGACUCUUGGCUUACUGUCACCCCUGGCACCAACAGACCUCUGUCUACCAGCUCUGGGGUCUUCACGGCCGCCACGGGGCCCACCCCAGCUGCCUUCGAUACCAGUGUCUCAGCCCCUUCCCAGGGGAUUCCUCAGGGAGCAUCCACAACCCCACAAGCUCCAACCCAUCCCUCCAGGGUCUCAGAAAGCACUAUUUCUGGAGCUAAGGAGGAGACUGUGGCCACCCUCACCAUGACCGACAGGGUGCCCAGUCCUCUCUCCACAGUGGUAUCCACAGCCACAGGCAAUUUCCUCAACCGCCUGGUCCCCGCCGGGACCUGGAAGCCUGGGACAGCAGGGAACAUCUCCCAUGUGGCCGAGGGGGACAAACCCCAGCACAGAGCCACCAUCUGCCUGAGCAAGAUGGAUAUCGUCUGGGUGAUCCUGGCCAUCAGCGUGCCCAUCUCUUCCUGCUCUGUCCUGCUGACGGUGUGCUGCAUGAAGAGGAAGAAGAAGACUGCCAACCCGGAGAACAACCUGAGCUACUGGAACAACACCAUCACCAUGGACUACUUCAACAGGCAUGCUGUGGAGCUACCCAGGGAGAUCCAGUCCCUUGAAACCUCUGAGGACCAGCUCUCAGAGCCCCGCUCCCCAGCCAAUGGCGACUAUAGAGACACUGGGAUGGUCCUUGUUAACCCCUUCUGUCAAGAAACACUGUUUGUGGGAAACGAUCAAGUAUCUGAAAUCUAACUACAGCAGGCAUCACUUUGCCAUUCCGUAUUUUUCGUCUCUAAAUUAUAAAUAUACAAAUAUAUAUAUUAUAAAUAUAACCUUUGUGUAACCCUGACUUGAUGAGAAACAUUUUCAGCUUUUUUUCCUAUGAAUUGUCAACAUCUUUUUUACAAGUGUGGUUUAAAAAAAAAAAACUUUACAGAAUGAUCUGUGGCUUUAUAAAAUAAAGGUAUUUCUAAGCAAA